AUGACGAUUGUAAAUCAACCAGUGAAUGUAGACAAAUUUCAACUUCACCCAAGUACCAUUACUCAACUCGAGAAGAGAUCUUUUUCUGGAAGAGUGAAUGAAGACGCAAAUAAGCAUCUCCAGCGAUUUCUUACCAUGAGCACAACUCUCAAAAUGGCUGGACAUAGCGAAGAAGCAAUAAGACUUCACAUGUUUCCUUUCACGUUAGCUGAUGAAGCAGAAGAGUGGUUUUAUGCGUUACCAACUGGUAGCAUCAUCACAUGGGAAGAGAUGGAGAAAGUUUUCUUGCAGGAAUACUUUCCCGCAUCUGUAUCAUUGAGAAAGAGGUAUGAGAUCUUAAAUUUAAAGCAAAGGGAGGGUGAGUCAUUAGGAGAAGCAUACAAAAGAUUCAGAAGAAUUAUAUUGGCUUGUCCUACUCACAUCAUGGAUGAGACCGAGCCGAUGCAUAUGUUCGUUAAUGGUUUGCGAAUUCAAACAAGACAAUUUCUCGACUCAGGAGCUGGUGGCUCAGCUAAUUUUGCAACAGCCACUGGGAUGAAGAAGAUAAUUGAGGCUAUCGCUUCCAAUGAGCAUCUAGAAUUGUAUGAUAUGGUCUCAAGCAAAUCUGCAGUUAUUGAUUUGAAGCUGGAGACAAAUAAGCAGGUGAAGAUCGAAGAAGCUGUGGCAGCUGAGGUUGAAAAAAGGCUAAAGGAACUGAACAUAGAUGCGCAGAAGGUAGCUCAAGUGCAACAGACACCGGAUGAUAUUUGUGACAUAUGUAACGGACCACACAAUAUGGUCCAUUGCUUUGCAACACCACAACAGAUAGAAGACAUUAAGUUUUUGAAGCAAAACAAUCCCUACUCCAACACAUAUAAUCCGGAGUGGAAGAAUCAUCCCAACUUUGCAUGGAGAGAUCAAAAAGGGAAUGUGCAGCAGCAAGUACAAGGUCAAUAUCAAAACCAAUAUCAGCAACAGGUUCCAAAGAAGGCAGAUUGGGAGAUUUCUAUCGAGAAAAUGGCAGCUCACUGUCGCGGGGAAAAAUCGCCGGACCGGGUCGGGUCAAAUGGAACCCGGAUCCGCCCAUCUUUCAGUGAGAUGGGUUAG